AUGCAUGCAUAUGAAACUGAACCAGAACACAUCCCAGCCACUGACUUGUAUGCAGAUAUCCCGCUCUACGGACGGUAUCGGCCCAAGCCAGGCGACUUCUCCGUUAAACCAGAGCACAUCGGGAGUCAUUCUGCCGAAGCAAUGCGAUACUGGGAGUCCGCACUUAGCCUAUGUGAUGAGUCUACCCGGAUCUAUCCUGCCGACGAAGGUGGACGUGAUGUGUUCGCACUUGGAAAUAUUAUUGUGAAAUCGAGUCAUCUUCACCACGAACCUGAGAUCGAUUAUUCGUUCGCCGAUGCCAAUGAGGUCGAAGCUAUUUCUAUUGCGAAGGACGUACUCACAGGUAUUAGAGUACCGGAGAUAUACUUUGCUGGGAAGAUACGUGGUCGCCAAGUACUUAUCCAAGAAAGACUUCCAGGCGUUGCUCUGUGUGUUGCAUGGCCAUACCUUUCAAAAAGCCAAAAGCAGUCCUUCAAAGAGCAAACACGGGCGAUACUAGGCCAGCUGCAUACCAUCAAGCCUCAAGACGGACGUCGGAUUCGGUCCCAUGUUGUCCAAGAUCCUAGUAUUUGCUGUAAUGGCCGGAUCAGUCCCCUGGAAGGGGAUAUUAUCUUUUCACACACUAAUGGUGAUGCGGACUUGAGCUUUAUGCACAAUGAUUUUACCGAAUCCAAUUGUAUUGUGGACAAUGACAAGAUCGUGGGACUUAUCGAUUGGGAAAUGGCCGGGUUCUUCGGUUGGAAGACGGCUGGUGAAAUCCAUCGAAGGGUUCGGACGCCUCAAAGGGAACAUUUCGUGAAUGUCUCCCUGAGUGAAGAGGAGCUCCAGGAUAUUAUGUUCUGGAAUGACCUUUAUGACUGA